UUCUUUAAAUUGUGUGAUUUUGAGAACACAUUUAAUUAUGGAUAUGGACGGUCUUUUUUCGAUUUUGUCGCUAUUCGAGCGCAAUUUAAUUAAAUUACAAACAAAUCUCACUGCUUAUCAAAUGGAAGUCAAUGCUGUGCGACGAACACUUGAAGAUAGCUGGUCGCACGUUGGUCGCGCCGAUGGUCGCAUUAUUGCCGUCCACGACGGCCUUUUAAGCAGCGUGAACGCAGUCAAUGAACAUAUUAUCAAAUUGAAUUUACAUAUCGAUUUAAAUCGAGCCAUUGGAAUUUCCAAGAAUGAGGACAUAAAGAAAGCAACAAAUAAUUACAAUGGAAUUCACACAAACCUCGAUGGCAUUGAGGUGGGCGAACUGGACGUACGCUCUGGCAAUGCUAAGCCAGGAGAUCAGACCGAGGACUAUGCCCUACAAAUCAUCACGUCAAACAUUGAGGUGCACAAACUGGACGUACGUUCUGUUCAUGCUAAGCAAGAGGAUCAGACCAAACAGACCGUCAUGUCAAAUCAUGACAUUGACUUCAAUGAUCAGCCCGAGAACUCUGCCCUGCAGCACAAUACGCCAAAUCAUGGCAUUGUGGUGACUGAACUGGGCGAACGCUCGGUUCCUGCUGUGCCAGAGGAUCAGACCGAAGACUGUGCCCUACAGCUCGAUACUCCGAAUCAUGAUAUUACGGUGGGCCAACUGGACGUACGCUCUGCCCAUGCUAAGCCAGACGAUCAGACCGAAGAGUGUGCUCUACAACUCACCAAGCCAAAUCAUAAUAUUGAAGAAGCCGAAAUAGAAGUACACUCUGCUAAGUCAGAUGAUCAAGCCGAGGACUGUGUCCUACAGCUCGCCAAGCCAAAUCAAGAUGUUGAGGAGGCCGAAAUUGAAGUACGCUCUGCUAAGCCAGAGGAUCAGACCGAGGACUGUGCCCUACAACUCGUCACGCCAAUGCCGCGUACUAACAUGAUAAAUAAUCAAUGUAUAGAGGAUCCGCUCAUAUCCGCUGAACCCAAAUUUACUCCGAUCGCCCAAUUAUUGCCCUUCCCACCUCGUCAAUCGAAGCUAUUGCCGCCAAAGGGCGGCAGACAAAUGUCAAGCAAUGAGAUUUACGAUCAGCUUAGGACGGGCCGGCUGCUGGACCAAUUUCCCGAUUUUGGAGAAGUCUUUGUUGUCUAUGAUGCUCAAGAGCGGAUAUUGCCACGUGUUGUCAUCAAUUCCCAUGCUGAGGGUGGCGGCUAUGAUGCGUAUCUGAUAGACUAUGGAGAGCAUAUUCGUUUGGCCGACGACGAUGUCAUUCUGGCAAUACCCAACCAAGUCAAAACCCUACCAGCUGAGGCCAUCAGGUGCUAUGUGCGCAAUCGUGGAGUGGUCAGCAUGUCACAGUUUAUCUAUAAGAAUAUACAGCUGCGUAUCCUGGUGAACAGUGGCAACGAUCUGGAAGUGGAAAUCAUUGACGAUGGACCGUGCGAAGCGUCGACAGCUUCCUCAAUUCAUAUCGAUAAUCCGGACAUAGCUCGUAAAGAUGAAGCGAAUAGYAUCCCAAAUAUGAGUACASAGCAAGAGCCGACCAAAUCAAUUCAAAAACUGUCYCCAGAGGAUUUGGAAAUGCUGGAGCAUGUUGAGUGCAGCACCAGCAAUGCGCUCAAAGCUGUGCUGGGCUAUAUACCAACAGAUGAGAAACGUAUUUGCCGACACUACGAUCCAAAGAUCAACGGCUGCUUUAAAGGAUCCAAUUGCCGUCUGUUGCAUCAGCCUUUUGCUCCGCAUGGCGUGACCAAGGACGUCGAGCUGGUUGAGCCGCUGCCCGAGACUAUUUAUACAUCUGAAGCUCCCAAAGAGCUGGGCAGCACCAUACGCGUGCUGGUCACGUAUAUCAGCAGUCCGACCGAGGUGUAUGUGCAGUUCGUGGAUGAUGCGGCGCCGCCUCUGGUGUGGAACAAGAAAGAUGUGCCCGAAUCGCAGUGCACUUUCAAGCGUCCGCCGCGUCUAUUGGACAUGGUGUUGGCGCUUUACAGCGAUGACUGCUACUAUCGCGCCCAGAUCAUUGAGGAGAUCGAUGGAAUAUUUAAGAUCUUCUAUGUGGACUAUGGUAAUACAGAGUUUGUUACCAUUAGAUCGCUGGCGCGGUGCACUGAUGAUAUUAGCCUUAAGCCGCACCAGACCAAUAAUUGUUUCAUUGGCGGCAUUAAGCGCUGCUCAUUGUCCACCCAGCGACAAAGCACCGAAUGCGUGGAGUUUCUCAAAAGYAGAAUCCUUAACACAGAGUUAGAGGUCAAGCUGAUUAGCCAAAUGCCCGAUGGUUAUGUGAUCAAGUUUAUGGAUCCGUAUGCUGAUUUGCCCAGGCAGAUGAUCAAACGCGGCUACGUGGAGCCAGUAUUAGCUACUAGCUCUAAUUUGAACGAAGCUUGA